AUGAAGAUGAAAUUAAAUGAUCGAGAAAGUUAUCAGCUCAAGAAAUGGAUAUCCAAUAAAAUCCAAUUGUAUGGGAUCAAACAAAAUACUAACGAUAACACCACGCUAACUGAGUACACAUUAGCCAUAGUCAACAAUAAUUUUAACAAACACAGGUUGGCCAGAUAUUUGGCUAAGGAGCUAAGACCCUUCCUAGGGAAAAAUUCUCAAAAAUUCUCUGAUGAGGUAACUCAAUCUUUGAUGAAUGAGGAAUAUAAAUCUAAAACUCAGAUCAAUGUUGGCAGUCACAAAGUUUCCAAGCCACCCUCAACGUUUCCAAAAGAAAGGAAAAUUGAGCCAUAUCCCCAGUCAGAGAAAAUAAGACAAAAUACUACGAUCCAACCACUAGGUACUUCAAAAAGCAUAUUAUUAGCAAAUGCGCAACCUAACAAGUUGAGCCAUGUCGAUAUUGCAGAGGAGCUCAUCAAGAAGAAGGAAAUUAUGAUGAGGUUAUAUUUGAGGAUAAUUACGCAAUUAGAAUGGAAGAUGGAAGAUACAGGGAAAGAUGAAACGAUUCUGAAGCAAAUUGAAGUUUUUAGAGCGAAAGCCAUCAUAUAUGGUUACACUCCACGGCGAAUCUCAGAAGAAAAAUUGAAGCUUAAAAAAUCGCAGAAGAGAGGUUUAUAA